AUGCCGGGAGGGACCCGUAGGCCGCGAGCGCACUGGCCCCUGAUUGGUUGGAGUGCGGCGGCGGGCAUCUGCGAUUGGCUGGGCCGGUCGGAGCGCGGCGCGUGGCCACCUCCCGAAGUAGGAGGUCACGCGCGCGGCGCGCUCUGGGGCCCUGGGGUGGCGGCCGCAGCCAAGCUGGCGGCGCGGCUGCCCCGCUCCAGUUCGCACCCGCGGCUCGCCCGCGCCCGCGCCCGCGCCCACUCGCGACUGGGCCGGGACCGCUCGACGCUGCCGCCCACCCCGCUGCCCCCGCCGUCCCUGCCGCACCCGCCGUUGCCUAGCCUGCCGCCCGGCCUGAGCCCCGGGCCGCCGCCGCCCUCCGCUCUCGCCCUGGCCGAGCUGCCGCCGCUGCCCGCGCUCCCGCUGCGGCCCGAGCCGCUGUCGCCCUGGGGCCCCGGCGCGCAUCUGGCACUGCCCGAGCUGCCUCCUGAAGCCUGCUCACCCGCGCCCCCCGCCGCCGCGCUUGCACUGCAGGACCUGCCGCGCCUGCCCGCGCCCGCGCCGCCGCCCGCGCACCUGCCGCUGCCUCUGCUGCCCGAGGCCGCCGUCGCUGCAGCCCCCAGGCCCGUGGGCGCGCGCGGUCGCCCGCCCCUGGUCUCCGAGCCGCCCCCGCAGCCGCUGCCGCCGCUGCCCGCGCGACCCUCUCCCUUCAGCCUGCUGGAGCCCCCCGAGACCCGCGACCCAUGGCCGCUGCCCGCCUUCCCCCCUCCCCCGCCUCCGUAUUUCUUCCUGUAGCCGCCCUGCUGACCCGGCCCCUCCCGCGGCGGGUGGCCUGAGCUCAGGUAAUCAGGCGAAAAUUCUAUCUGAGUGGGCUCUUCUCCAGCAGCCCAGGACUGGUAUCAGAAAGCCAACCUUGACCCUGGGGGACCUCGGAGAGCCCAGGACCCACCACCAAGAAGGGCAGUGUACUAGUUCUUUGUGACUGCAGUUAACAAUUUUAUUUUUUAAUUUUUUUUAAUUUUUAGUAGAGACACGGUUUCACCGUGUUAGCCAGGAUGGUCUUGAUCUCCUGACCUCGUGAUCCUCCCGCCUUGGCCUCCCGAAGUGCUGGGAUUACAGGCGUGAGCCACCGCGCCCGGCCUGACCGCAGUAACAAAUUUAUACACACUGUGUGGCUUCAAACAACAGAAAUUUAUUCUUUACAGUUCUAGAGGCCAACAGUCAAAAAUAAAGGUAUGGGCAGGUCCCUGUUCCCUUCACAGGUGCUAGGGGAGGAUCCCUCCUGCCUCUUCUAGCUCCUGGUGGCUCCAGGCCCUCCGUGGCUUGUGGCCGCAUCAUAGGAGUUCCUGCCUCCGUCUCCACAUGGCCUUCUCCCCAUGUCUGUCUCCAAUCUCCCUGUUUUUAUGUUGUAAGAGGUUGGAUUGUCGUUGAAUGUAAGAGCCGCCUGAAAUCUAGGGUAACCUCUUUUUUUUUUUUGAGAUGGAGUCUCGCUCUGUCGCCCAGGCUGGAGUGCAGUGGCGCAAUCUCACUCACUGCAAGCUCCGCCUCCCGGGUUCACGCCAUUCUCCUGCCUCAACCUCUCCGAGUAGCUGGGACUACAGGCGCCCGCCACCACGCCCGGCUAAUUUUUUUGUAUUUUUAGUAGAGACGGGGUUUCACCGUGGUCUCGAUCUCCUGACCUCGUGAUCCGCCCGCCUCGGCCUCCCAAAGUGCUGGGAUUACAAGCGUGAGCCACCGCGCCCGGCCGAUAAUCUCAUUUUGAUAUCCUUAGUUUAAUUACAUAUGCAAAGGCCCUUUUAUCAGGUGAGGUCACGUUCACAGAUUCCAGGGCUUAGAGGGUGGAGGUAACAUUUUACGUGCCCCCAUCUGGACAUGCAGUGUCCUCUCCCCUGUGGGGCUGACCUACCUUCCUAGCUGUCUUCCCAGAAUGUAAUGUGUCUUAAAUCCGUCUUGCUGACCUGGAGCCCUGGGUGCCCUUGGGCAGGAGCUGAUGGCACUAGUACCUUGAUAAAGUUCUUACUGGCACCGGAAGAGAAUAAAGUGACUCUCCUUCCCCUUCUCUGACUUAUGGUCAGGUGCCCAUUCCCAUUGGCUUGCUGCUCCCCAGCUCCCUGCACUUUAUAUUGUUGAGGCCUCCUCUCUCAGCUAAGAAACAGGAAGUACACAGAUGUGUAUUCUUAAAGACAGCAUUAGCCACAGGGCCCCCACCCUCAAAGGGUGGGAGCGAUAACUGCUGCUGGUUGAAACUGACAAUUACUACUGAUAAUAAAGUUAAUUGUUACCCAGUCA